AUGAUGAACUUCGCAGAUACGCUAGUCAUCCUAAAUGAGGACGCGCCGUGUGAGCUGCUGAGGAAGAAAUAUGCGCAGAUGCUUGUCCCAACGGUGAGCGUGUCAAACUUUAAAAAGAACAAACAAUACAAAACCUAUAACAACGUAUUCCUGUACACGUAUAGAGAGUAUGACUUCCUGUGGGAUCUAGACGAUAAUGUUUUGCACAAGAUCCAGAGGUGCCUGAAUAAGAGCGGGGUGCUCAAACUGGUUCUUUACAUAAGUAACACAGAUGGUGGGGACAACAAAACGCAUGAUGAAAUUGCAAAGCGAUUAAAGAGGGAGUGCCUCUACAGUGGCUUUAUCAACAUUUCGAACGAAAUCAGCAUGGCGGAAAACGGGAUCAUCAUAAAUGUGACAGCAGAGAACCCUGAUUUUUUAUCAAAUGAAGACGAUGAUGAGGGAAAUUCAAGUGACGGAGAGGCGUACCAAAAUGCGGAAGACAACAAGAAGGUCGUCAACAGGGUGUGUGCUAACUGCACAUGCGGGAAAAAAACAAAUGGAGUUAAACUGGACAAAGUUACCAUAAAUGAAAAGGAAGUGCAGUACUUAACGGAGAAUGCCGUUUCUUCCUGUGGAAAUUGCUAUCUGGGGGAUGCUUUCCGAUGUGCCUCUUGCCCCUACAAAGGCCUACCAGCAUUCCAGCCUGGAGAAAAUGUGAAGCUCAAUUUAGACAAUGAACCUAACUGA